CCGGACCGCUCACACGCGGUCAUCUCUUUGUCUUUCAUGGCCCGAACUAGUAAGAAAGAUGACCCUACAACAGCGAAGCCAUUUAUUGUGGUCAAAGCACCACGAUAAUGGAUAUGGACUACAACUACUCGUCAGAUGGUAGGGCAGGGCGGAUGAUAAAAUGAACCUUUCCUUGUUUCUCAACGACGGUGACGCUAUGGGGUUGGCAAAUUAAACUAGCCCGUCACGAAAUCGACUAGCUUGUCAUGAAUAUUUUUUUGCAAUGUAGUAUUUCUGCCCCUGCCUGCUCGGACCGGCGCUGAGUGACACAGCCUUUCCUUCGCAGGACUAUCGUGUUAGAAGUCGCUACCACCUGGAAACCGGCACAGCUCAACAAGGCACUUGCUUCUUUUUCGCGGCGCUCUUCAUCAAGUUCAAGAAGAUCAUGGUGCGCAACUACAACAAGAGCGAAGCACGAGCACGCGAAUCCCUAGGCGCGCGCGGCCGAACACAGGAGCGAAACUCAGUUGCGAGUCUCCACUUUGCGAAAAGGGUACUUGCCCGACUCUAUGAAGUUUUCUUCUGGCUGUUUGCGAGUCUGCUGGAGUCGCUGCGCGAGCUCGUCAGCAGCCUGCUCGUUCACGCGCGGACAGCAAUUGCGCGACUUUGCUGUGGUAAAAGGAACAGCGGAGGUAUUGGACGAGGUGACCACAGAAAUAAUCUUCUUCGUGCUGGAUCAGGAUCCACAGGUCAUCUACUUCACACGUCGGCACGCCGGAAAAAUCAAGCGCGACGUGGCGGGUGUGAGUAUGGGAAAGGCGAAGAAGAAGAUCAUGCGUUUGAGGACGCACUUGUGGAGCAUUUGGUUGAGGUGAAGAAGGAUGAAACACAGCGAGCUUGUCCCCCGCCAGCGCCACAUGAGGGAAAUAAAGUGAAGCCGCCGGUGCUGGGAGCGUCAAGGCACGACGACAAGAAGCAGUCCGGCGCGCGCAGUAGUAGAAAGCAUAAAGAUAAACAAGGUAAAAAGGGAAAUAAAGGGCCGAGGGGGAUGAGCAUCAGUAGAAGUAGCAAUAUGGGCAGCGGGGGCAUUGUAUGCACACCUUCUUCUUCAUUAGACGCAGACGCUGUCGCAGUGCAACAACCUUCGAGCUCGGCGGAUCACCAACGAAGAAAAAGCUGUGACGUGGUCGAGUUCCCGGUAGUGCAAAUCGCAGUAGAUGAAGCGAAAGCGGAAGAACAAGGGGAAUCAUCAGUAUCGACGAGGAGGAGGAGCUCAACCAGCACCAGACUGCAAUCCGCAUUCUCGACGGAGCGGACGCAGACAGCAGGGACAGGAACGAUAAAAAGUGUCCUACCGGACGAGAAAGCAAAGUCAUCUGAAGAAAGUAGAGGGACUAAUCCAAUAAAAGAUUACAGCUUGGAUGGCCAUUAGAUUUCUCUGUGGUGAAUUUCGCGUGAUUUUAGGGGUCUGCAAGAAUUUGAUAGGUGGCGCUGCGAAUAUUUUCUCCCGGAAUUAUCGACAUCCACCCGAUGGAAUAGUCGUAGCGACGUAAGUUCCAAAAGGCUUCCGGUGGUGGCGGAAUUUUUCCAGCAAAGAAAAGGCCGGGAUGGGGCGCCUCAGUGUGUAGUUGCAUUGUCAGCGCCCCACCCCUAGGAUGAUGGGUUGCGAAAUAGCUUCGCGCAGUUAUUUUUGUUUUCUGAGUGCUUCGGAUGGCUUGUCGGGCUCGGGCGCCUGAUCUGUCACACGCCUUCUGCUGCGGCAAGAAGUCAUAGCAAUUCAAUGCCUCGCCUGCCCUUGUGGCGUGCUGCUUGCAUUUUGUUGGUUUUGUAUUUGUGCGUGCAUGCGCCAAAUGUUUCGCAUUUUCUGAAGCAAAUGCGCGGCGAUCGUUUUGAGUGUGGUUUUCCGACUCCGGUGAAUUUAGAAAUGAAUGCAAAAUGAGUGUUGAUUUGGUGAUGGUCUGGAAUCCAGAAUCAGGUCGGGGUGAAUUUAGGAAAUUGCAAAAAUUUCCUAAAUUCACCGCCCACCAAUUUCUAAAUUCACCGCCAAAUUCACCGAUCGCAGCAUACCAUCGGUAAAGGGGGUACUUUAAAGCUGGUUUUUGGGGCGAAACAGCACGGCACUCCACAUCGGUGAUUUUUAGCAAAAGAUGCAUCCUCAUCAUACCAUGGGGAAUGAUGUUUAAAUGAAAGCUUUUCCCGAUGGCAGUGCCGUUUUUUUGCGAUUUUGUUGUCCAAAAUUAAAACGUUGAAGUUGAACUGUGGAGAAAGCAGGGAGAAAGUCAUGAAACCACCAAAAGACUUGCCUCGCGAAAAAAGACGCGGAAAAAUGUGGUCGGUUGGGCGUUGCCGGGACGGGGAUUGCAAUCAAUGUGAGGGAGCCGUGGUGACGAGCCCCGUGUCGCCAUCACCUCUAUUUGUGCUAGCCCUUGCCCCGUGAACCAUAACCACCCGAAAGACCGGCCCCGCGAUUCUACGCCACCUCUAAAAUCACUUGAAAUUCACCGCCCCUAUAUCUCAUGGGCGUCCAAGCUGUAAAUAAAAGAUGACGCCAAGAAUAAAUCUAGCUUGUCCUCCACCGCUGGAGCUCCAACGACUACAACAGCCCGUUGCUCUACGCAGGACGUCACGCCCCCACCAGAGCAACAGCGUAGUGUCAAGGAUGCGUCGAGCAGCACCUCCGCCACCACGCAACGUGAAGUAGAUGAGGGACGACUGCAGGCUUCUACUGAGCGACAACUUUCAUCCAACAUUAUGACAGCUGCAUUGACAAGAGCCGCGCGCUUUUCGAUGAAGAGCUGCUCCAGGAGCUUUUGUCCCGAGUUCGUGACUCGCACCAUCGCAUCCAGUUGCUCGCGUGCUAGCAACUUUUUUACCAGAAGCGAAGACUGCGCGUCUACAACUUGUUCAGAGGAGGUUCUGCGACACAAGAUCACCACAAGUUGUGCGACUGGGACCUCCACGUCCACCCAAAGCGGUGGCGGGUCCAAUCGCUCUACAGAAGUGGCUAGUACUGUACUGUCGUCAGUACUGCGACCGAACAGUCCACCAGCAACUACUUCUGGGCUACGUCCACCUGCUGGCGCGCCGUCUCUUACCACCAGCACGGCUCAUCUACCUAGUGCUGCUUCAUCUGUCGAAGGGAAGGACGAGGUUAUGCAGCGGGGAGAAAGAACAACAACGACAAACCAGAAGGGGCUGAGCUACAAAAACCGGAAGAGAAACAAAAAGAAGAACAGUAAACGCAGCACUCAUAGCACUCACGAAGAUGAUGAAGAGCGCUCAGUAAGACAUGUGCUUGGAGAUCAACAUCCGGCCAUCUCCCGGGGACCCGCUACGGAAGUCGUGGCCGGGACCAGCACGCUCGGCAAGAAAAAUGCGGCACGCGGCACCGGGGAGAUGUUGAGCGUCAUGCCUGCUUCUUCUACCUCUUGGGCGGGUUUAUUUUCCCCAGCUAGCAAAAAUGUGAUGAAGCUUUUCUUGGUCCUGUUGUGCAGCAUGCUGCUGGUUGACGCGCGGCAGAGAAUGUUGCGGCGCGAGCCCCGACGUACAGUCGCCUUGGUGGAGACGUCGAACCCGGGGCCGCCAUCUUCGCUGGGUUCUUCGUCUUCAUCGUCGGGCGACAGCAAUCGCGGCACUUCAGCAGAAGCAGGCUCCCUUGCGCAAACAAGCUCGACUCCCGGCGCGCUUGCCGCGGGGGCUCCCCAGGAUAGCGUCGCGAGAACUCUGGUUACAGUAACCACCUCAGUGCUCGCUUCCCUGUUCGGCUGGGACGAAGGUGGUCAUGGAGGUGGGAUCAGUGCAGUAGAGCGACCCGCUUCAUCAUCUUCGAGUACCAUAGAAAGUAGUAAAAACGACCCACCUGGAGCUGGUGCUGGACGAGAUGUUUCGAAGAGCACGUCGGCUUUGGCCCUGGAAUCGGAAAGGAGCUUGUCUAAUGGUGAUGCUCCAGCCGUGGAUUCGACCGACGGAAUUUCUGCUGGUAGCGCAGAUGACAGUGCUUACAGUGGCCAGAAAAGCAUGCUGCGCUCGCCGACCUCGACGACUGAAGAUGAAGUCAGCGCGGGACGAGGAGCUGCAUCGGGAGCCGAGAAUAUCCCGCGAGGAUACGAAACAUCUUCACCGCAAAGAACUUCGACUGCCACCGAUGAAGCUUUCGGCCCUGGUGCACCAGAAGAUGCUGCCGUGAAGAAAAAUGACGAGGAACAAACCUCGUUUUUGAGUAGUGUCGAAGACAAGCAAGAUGACAGAUCCGGCGCAGCUAUCGCAAGGACUACAGAAGAACUGUCGGGAGGGUCUUCAAGUUCAUCUCCUGCCGCACCUACAGCUACACCUGCACCCCCAUCUGGCCAUACUACUGCUCUUUUUGCCGACGGCGGACGACGAGGGGUCGCUGCAAACACAGAAGACCACUUGUCGCUGCACCAGGAGGCGGGCGUAAGCGAUGAUCAAGUAGGACCAGCAGCUGGCCAAACGCUGACCGUGCCGCGCCAGAAGGAUGCGGAUGCUAGUGCUGCUCACCCAGCACCGGCUGGAAAGAAAAUUGCCUCCACGUCACAAGCUCAAGUCCCGGGCGGGGGCGGGGGAGGUACUACAAAAACGACGGGUACAAGCCCGCCUUCUACUGCGAACAAACCGGUGGCGAAAGCUGGUGGAGAUGGUGGAAAGACCGAUGGAGCAACCGAGAACAGGAAAAAAAUGAAUGCGGCGGGGCAAGAGCGCGGUCCUGUGGGAAAGCGACCUGCAACUCAUUUUUCGGAUGAUGAAAAACAGAGACAGGACACCUUAUUCGGCGCUGUUGGCGAGUUGCAACUCCUGUCCGAUGAAUCCUCCGCCGCAUCCUCCGAAGGUGCCGCUGCCGCGCCAGAUUUCAGCAGUACGAGUAGUACGUCACCGACCAGUGCUGUGGAUCGGACCACGCCGGCGAAAGCAGUAGCGAGUUCGAGUUCGACCUCAAAACCCUCAGCUGCGCCGGCUGAUGCCGAACAAUCGACAGGCGUGCAUCAACAACAACCAGAAGCGCAGGAGCUGGCAGCUGUGGUAGCGGACGAUGUUGUCGCAGCAGCUGCACAUGAUCAAAAUGGUCUUGGUCAGCAUGCUGGACACGAAGAAAGUGAUCAUCAUCAGCACGACGAGGGCCUUCAAGGCAACGAAAAACCCCCCACGCCCGCGAUAGUGCACCGCGGCCCAACGGCCAUCGAGCCGCCUGGACCAGUUGUGGAGCGCGUUGAUCUUCCGGCACGGCCGGAGGGGAAUUUAAACGACGCGUUUGCCACUUCUUCAACUUUGGAACGAAGUAACAAAAAGCCACUGGAUGUCGAAAGUGAAGCCUCGCACGGAAAUGGUGAUGAUGACGAAACAGCAGGAGCAGGAGCGGCCGGGGGCCGGGCGACGCCAGAGUCGGCGUCGACUGCUCAAUCAACGUCGGAUAGUACUCCGCGACAGCAGGAGGCCGGACCGAAAAGAAGUGCUGCAUUGGACGCGGAAGACGAGAUGGACGCAUUUGGUACUAAUUCUAAACUAGAACUACAGCUUCUGCUGCUUAUAUUUAGCCUGAUGGCCUUGAUGGCACGCAGACGUACCGUGGUGUUGGAUGGAACAGUAGGGCUUCAUCUAUGUUGGAUGCUCGUCAACUUUUGCAUCACGAAUUUGUUCAAUGAACAGAUGAUUUGGAAAUAACAUCUACAUCAUCUUCAUCAUCAUCGCAGGUUUAGUGGCCGAGUUACGGCGGGACUCCUUGCAAAUAGAAGACACCGGGGGGAUCAUCGACAAACAAGAUCCGCCACCUGCUCUACCUGUCGAUGAUGAAGAUGAUCAUGUUCAUCACGCUGAUGGUGCUUCGAAUUCACCAUCGCCCAGCAACAUCCCGGACCCGGACGAGCACGAGGACCAAGAAGUGCAUGGUGAUCUUGAGCGCGAGAUGCUGGUCACCGGCCACAGUGGACGAGCACCAGUUCCGACAGCGGCGAGGACAGCAGUGGGGGAACAGCAUACUGACGACGACAAGAACAGCCAGAUGACUCAAGACCAGCAGGAGGAUCCUGCUGUCCCUCCGCCUGGAGGUGUUGCUCACACCGCCCGGAACUACCGCGAGGAAAAAGUGAUCUCGAACGACGACAAUGGGAACGGCUCUGGAAAAAGUGGAAGCGCGUCCAGGACAGCACCUGCACCUGCAGCCAUGUCUUCCAGCAGCACGGCGGCGGCGGCUCCUGCUGCUUCAUCCGCCGAGACCGGUUCAAGUUCAACUUUCUCUUCAGCAUCAAGAACCUCGGCAUCAUCAUCUGCUAGUAGUGCUCUUGUGCCUAGCUCUACUGAUGGAAGGGAGGGCAAUGACGAGGAGGCCGAAGCAACAGGAAGUGCAGCGAAGACCAGCGCGUCUGACCAAUCACAUAUUCGCACCACGCCGCCUACGUCAACCGCUCGUGGUGCUGAGAACGCCGGGCCGCAGCAGCAAGCACAAGCGCCGGAAACUGCAGAAAGUGCAACGGCAUUGGCAAGCGAAAGCACGAACCCUCCCGGAAGUGCUGUAGAGACCGGGAGAAGGAGCGGGGGGGCGAUGCCACAACAAGAAGCACACGGAGCCGAGAUGAGGAAAACACAAGGUGAUCUAGACAAAAUACUGGGACUACGGACAUCUAUGGAAGAUAAAGGACCUUCCAGCAAGAGCAAGAGCAAGAGCAGGAUCAAAUUCGAAAGUAAAGAAAAAGGAGGCGUAGUACCGCCCGAGGAGCCGGGGCUGCCAGAACAGAAGCAGCUGGCCAUAAAAAAUGUAAACGGCGUUAUCACAAGCUUUGAACAGCUGAAGGCAGCAUACGAGCAGUGGUCAAAACUGGAGAAGGUGGCUGUAGAGACAAGUCGCCCAAACCAGGACAGGACUUUCGUCCAGUUUGUGCUCGAUAGCAAGUCGGAUCCUGAGGGGAAGCGCAAAGAGCUCCGCGAGGAGCUUGCGAAUUUCAUUCUGGACGUGGCCGCGUCUUUCCUUCUGGACGCCUUGCAACCCCCGGAGGACGCUGAAGAGCUGAUGGACUACAUCGCUGGAGAGCUCGAAGAAGAGAAGGAAGGUCUACGCAAGAAGAUGGAGAUGGGCGGGAAAGGUACAGAAAUAGAAAAUGAAAAACGAAUCGAACAACUAGUCAAAAAGCUACUCCCAACGAAGAUCACGGAAACUAAAGUCAAUGAGCGCACCAUUCAGAACUUUUCAUACAAAGCUGCGAAGUUUCCAUCCCGUGCGACCACGCAGGACACGCCGCGUGCAACCUUUUUCAAAAACGGCGUCGAAGUCACGGAAGAUAUAGCUAAGAAAGUAUUUGAAGAGAUCAAGGAAGCGCUUCAGGGCGACGAGCGAGAGCAAGGUGAAGAAUCUUCGCCGAGCAACCAUCUGGAGUUGCCGACAGCCGGUGAGGACAAGGCGAACGCGGCGCCAAACGCUGUCGCGAGUUCCUCAAGCUCCACCCCACCUUCUGGGAUUAAUAAAGAAGAGUCGCUCGCGCCGCCAGGAGACGUAAUCGGGAGUCAGCAUCAAGAACAGAAAGAAACUUCUACCGGGUCCCUAGUGCCUGCUCUCGCUCCUGUUUCAUCACCAGAUCCUGGAGGACAUCAGAUACGACCUGUUUCUUUUCUGCAAGAAGCGCAGUCGAGUGCAGGUGGGCCAAAGGCAGCACUCGCAACUUUGUUCGGACCAGUCGGUCGGAUCGGCAAGCGGAUCUUCAGCGGAUUUUCAUCAAAUCAGAAGGCGGAGGACGCGAAACAAGCGGAAGAAGUUCGCAAACGCGGUCGCAAGCUACUUGACAGGUUGGUCGAGCAAAAAUUGCCGGAAGUGCAGCAAUGGCUCAACUACCUUGCAGAGCAACUAGUUGUACAAGAUGGCCAGGGCGGGCCGCCCUCCAACGUCCUAACAGCGGCUUUGACAUCAAUGACUGGAAACGACGCGAACAAGUCGCAGUUGUUAACGAAGAAAAUUUAUUGCGCGGAAAAAAAAAUCCCUCCCCACACUGAUUUCAUAUCUUGCGACGUAGUGGUGUGUGUACGUAAGAUGAGCCAAUCCUUGCGGCAUGCACCAGCACCGCUGAGGAGCAAGGACAUUGUCAUUGAUUUACAUUUAACACUUCUUCUUGCAGUUUUGUGUGGUGGACACAUAGUUACAUCAUGCGGCGACUCAGUGCCGGGGGCGCGGUCGGCAUUCCGCAACCGAGGCCCGGCUCCCGGCCGAUACCUCUCUAGGUAUUGCGCCCGCAAGCGCAAGCGCAAAUUUUACCCCUUUAGAAGAAGUUUCUUUUUCGCGAAUGUCUGGUUCGGGAUCGGAGCUUUCGGAAAAGCGAAACGCCCAUGAAAGUUCGCGCAUGGUGGAACCACGGGCGGCGUCACUUCGAGAAAAAAGAGCACUCAGCGAAAUUGCGUCACCGUCGCCGCCUGUUCCAGGUGGGUCCUGGCGGAAUUGCGCUUCCCCUGAAAUUAAGUACGCGUCGAGACACUUCGCAAAAUUUAUGCCAGCGCCUACACAAACCGCUCUGGGAUGCUGUUUUGCUAUAGCAGACUCUUCUGUUCUUGUUGAAGCAGCGCCUUCGUCUGCAAGCUUUGGUGGAUUAGAAGAAAACGCCUACUCUUGCUCUUCAACAGAACUAGAACAAGAAUUGAGCCACGGCUAAUAUCUGAAGAGCAGCUUACUGAAGAGCUAUCUUCUGCUAAAAAAAAAGCCCAAACUCAGACAGAAGAAGAAAAAACCCACACUCUGAAGAAAAAAAAAGCCCCGCAACAACUUCAGAGCUGUGCUGCUUUCUCUUUUUCUUUGAUAUUCGACGACAAAAAUAAAAAGAGGACAAGGACUGUCGAGAAAAAAGGAAAAGAAGAACUAACAGAAAUAGAUCCUUUUGAGUUUCUUGCGCGAGUUUCGCGUUCUUCUGAAGGUUGAAAGUUCGUAUUAUCGCCUUCAGAGGAGCCGAGUUUUCGGAAAACCAAAAUCGAAAAGCUUUUUGGUCUUCUAAAGAGUGUUUUUUGUUCGUUUUUUUCCUUAGAUCCUUCCAUCCUGAAUGCGAAAAGAAAUUUAGGCAAAGUUCGAGUCUUCUGAAGACCUUCAGAGCCGGAAGACAGAGGCUUUGGAAGAGAAAGUUGAAUUUUCCUUGCGCCUGUGCUUCUCAGAGUAGAAAGGCAAAGACAUGCACGCGCUGCCAAGUCGUUUACAGGCGAAUCUUCAUUGGCCAUGUCGCUAGUAAUUGUAAUCCCAUGGGGCAAUCAUGCAGUAUUUGCUUCCUGUCAUACUGAUCACGGGGCGACUUGCUUUUGCUACUACACCAGCAGCAUAAUUGGGUCCGCAUCUCUUCAAACACAAACGGCCGCCACGCUUAUACAUAGAGACAGAGACUUCCUUUAAAUAUAAAAAAGAUUGGGCGGGGGUUUUUGCCUCUUUGAUGAAAUUGAGCUCCUCAGCUUACUAGCUCCAGUCUUCUUCGAGACCCUGAUCCUUUCGCUGCAGCUCUCCCGACAGAUGGCGGCAGAGGCGGACAAAGAUAUGGUGCGGUAAAACAAUUAUUUUUUGAUGUGAUUUGAAAACUUUUCAUUUUCUGGGCCUCCGGACUGCGCCUUGUGCAUGGCAAAUUUUGGUAGGUACAUUUCGCAUGCGUCCGUAAUCAGCCGAAAGGAUAGCUACUACUUAAAGUAGCUAGCUUUGUAACGAACUGAAAAGCAGCAGCUCUGCAUAGCUGUUUCGUUGCUGACUUGUCUACAGAUCUAUGACGACUGAUCUUUUCGAUGACGGCGACGGGUGGUCCGGAGACUAAGAAAAAAUAUGUUGCACUCGCGCCGCCGUGUUGGCACAACGGCGCGGCAACUUCUUCAUAAUUGAGGGACCAUAGAAACAUAGACGAGCUGACUCAAAGGCUUGUAGAUUUUGCAGCGUCCGUAGAUAUGUAGUGCAUGGAAGUCCUCGAGGACGGAGCCCGGGAGACUUUCAUGCGCUCCGUCCCUGGUCCACAUGCGGUCGGUUGCUUGAAAGGAUGAAGCAAACAGCCGACCCAAAGAAAACGCAAAGUGACUACAUUCCAUGGGCCCUAGCUUCCGCCGGGGCUACUGACCCAACGCGGCAUCAAAAAGCCUCAGUGGCCUAACGGGCGGACGGGGGGGCAAGUCGGCUGCGCCGAGUGCCGGGAGCCGGGUCAUUUGCGAACGCACCCUGCCAGAGGCAUCGCCGUGGCCACGGAGGUAGUUAGAAUGAAGCAAGCGCACAAGGAAGCGCAAAACUCAAGAAACGCGGCAGCAGGCGUAGAAGUAGGCGCAGGAGUAGGGGAAGAACUAGGCGCAUUCAUAGGCGUAGAAGUAGGCGUAGAAAUAGGCGGAGAAGUAGGCGUGGGAGUAGCCGUAGAAGUAGGCGUAGAAGUAGGCGCAGAAGUAGGCGCAGCAGUAGGCGUAGAGGCAGGCGUAGCGGUAGGCGUGGGAGUAGGCGUGGAAGUAGAAGUAGGCGUAGCAGUCGGCGUUGGUUCAGGUUGUUGGGGUAGCAGUCGACGUAGUCGAAGCGGCAUCGCGGGGGGCGAGGGGUACAAGAGCAGAGGCCUUACCAAGGGCGUAGCCGUAGUGGCGCUGCUAGGGGCGAGCGUGCGAGGGAGUAAGGCCCACCCGUUUUCCUUGCGCAUGUUGGGCGGGAUGGCGCCGAAGUGACACGGCUGGACGGAGCGCAGGGGCGGCGGCCGCGCGCUUUCGAAACUAACAACCGUGCCCCGAGUCUUGCGCUGCCCGCCCGCGCGGUUGCAUGCUGACUAGCGCCGAGGGGGCGCGCCACCAAGCGAAACCCGGGACGGAGGGCGGCACAAUGGGUGGCCGGGGUGGGGGGAGAGUCGGCCUGCCAGGGCGCUACCUCCCGGCUUGCUUAUAUAUUUACGAAAGUGCUGCGCCCCGCCAUUUUUUUCAUCCUAGCCGAGACCCUGACCCGGGGCCGCCUCGCCCGCGCUGCUAGCUUGGCUCGGGCGUUUGGGGCACAGCCGCUGACUGGCGCGCUAGCGCUAGCUUCCCCCAGAGCACGGCGCUUGCCCCCUCGCCCGGCCCCGUGGCCCCCCCGGUCGGUGGCCUGACCCACCCUGCCCCCACCCACGCGGGGGAGGGCGGCGGCCGUCUUCUUCCAAAAGACUGGCUGCAGGAGUGCGCCGCCGCUGUCCCCUGGGUGGGAGGGCGGGCGGCGGAGAGCAGCGGGCCUCGACCUAGUCGCCGCAAGAUAGCGGCAACAUGCCCCCGAUACGUACUUACGGCCGCGACAUAUUUUGGCAGCUACUUGCGCCAGCGUGUCUGUUUAUUGCGUGUGGACGCUUCCUCCACCGCUUUGGUGCAAAGGAGAAAAUGGCUGGCGCAGGGGGAAAAAACAGGGCCCCUGGACGUUCCCGGGCGGGCGCUAGGGGAGCGGGGGCGUAAGGGGCGCAGGCCGGCGGGAACGGGUGCGCCGCGAGAGCAACAAGGGGCGGCCCGGGGCCUGCCGGGGUCGCAGUCACACCCAUAGCAGGGACCCAACCUGGGAGCGGUGGGGGUUGUUCGCUAGCUCUCCGAAGGCGGGGCGGCUAGGUCUUUGCCGGCAGGGCGUUAGGGGUAUUAGAAGGCGGGCCCCAUAUGUGCUACCAGGAGCAGGAGCAAGAGGCCCUACCAGGGGCAAGAAGUUCUAUCAGGCGCAAGCUGUGCAUGUGCCUGCCGAGGCGAGAUAUAACGCAUUGCGAUGGAAAGGGGGCGCUAACACUACAAGGAGCGAGAAGUCCUACCAGGGGCGAGGCGUAUGCGCAGGGACAAGAUGUAUUGCGAGGGGCAAGAUGCACUGUGAGGGGCAAGAUGCACUGCGAGGGGCAAGAUGUACUGCGAGGGGCAAGAUGUACUGCGAGGGGCAAGAUGUACUGCGAGGGGCAAUAUGUACUGCGAGGGGCAAGAUGUACUGCGAGGGGCAAGAUGUACUGCGAGGGGCAAGAUGUACGGCGAGGGGCAAGAUGUCUUGCGGGGGGCAAGAUGUACUGCGAGGGACAAGAUGCACCGCGAGGGGCAAGACCUAACGCAAAGCCUUUGCGUUAGGUUCGACCUAACUGCAAACUUCUUACUUGCCCUUUGCGGCAAAGGGCAAGUAAGAAAUACUGCCAGGGCUAAGGGGCAGGCGCCAGCACGCAGGGGCAAGAGGUUCCACCAGGAGCGGGGCGCACCGCGCGGGGGGCGACGAGGGGCGCUUUUAUAUUGAAGGGGGCAAGCGGUUCCCUUCUGAGCGAGGGGGCAGGGGCGCCACUGCGUCCAGGGCUCGGGGUAUUUUUGUAGCGCCUAGGGGCUUCCUUGUCGUGUAUCGUGCCGAACCGCUACAGCUUAAGCCGUAGAAUUUGUCGCAAAUAUUUUCACAGUAGCAUGCAUUUUACGAAAAAAAGCGGGCAGAUACAUGAAAAGUUCUAGAGCUCGAGCCCCAGAAACGCUUCAGCUUUUGUCGUAGUAGCAUGGUGAUUCAGUUUGUGGGCAGACGUCAUGUCUGUCGUGGUUUUUGGUCGUGUCCUACGGCUAGACCUUCAUCUUUUGAGUCUCUGCCGUGCGUAUUAGCAAAUAGGAAAAGAACUAGUUUGAAAAGCCCUAGGGAUUUGCUUCAGGUUUUCUGCAGGUCGAGCCGCAAUUUCUAAUGCUGUUUGAGGGUCUCAGAACUUUCGUCUACAGCCUUUGAGUCAAGUUCGGAUUAGUCUAUAGACUAUAAAACUAAUUUCAUAAUUACUUCGAAGAAAAUUGCUUUACCGUUCCAUAGAUGAACAAGCGAGUUUACAAAAACGAACGGCCCCUGCUUCGGGCGAGCAAACAAGGCUGCAAGUUGUUGCUGACGGGUACGUGCACGCCCUGGCAACGAAUGCUGGGGCCGAGGAGAAGGAAAUCAGGGAUAAAGCCAAGGUAGGACUCGAUCUGGCUUUGCAACACAUAGAGAAGAGUUGCAGCAGUCCAGCCCCACAAGCCGAGACAUCGCCCACGCCAGCAGCUGCUCCGACGAGGCGCGCUAACGGUAUAAUUGGUUUUGGCUGUAAUCUAGUGUCCAAGACAGGAAUUGGAAUUGGAAAGUGGGGAGUCGGUGCUGUUCUCGGGCUUGCUCACCCGUUUCGGAAGGAGCGCGACGGUGUAACGCCGCUUGGGGAAUCAACAACAGGGAUAGACGAAACCGCCGAGGACGAGGAGGAGGAGGAAGAAAGCAGCGAUCGAGAUGAUCUUCAAGAUGAACAAGAGGGUCGACCGCGCGUUGCACCUGCACGCCAAGAAAAGAGGCGUCACUUGUUUCGCUCAUUGCGUGCAUCACUAGUUUACCCGCGAAGCAAGAAAUUUCGAGAAGGUUUCAGAUAUCUAGGCUGGAGAGGUACAACGAAGCUCGCGGAGAAAGAAGUGCAAAAGCAAUUCGAUCUAGCGACAGGUACCCGCGCCCCGCAACCACAGUCGAAGUUUGCCGUCUACACGGCGCGGCUUCUUGCGGGAGCAGCAGGGGGCAACGUUGCAGUGGCUGGCGCCUCUUCGGUCGGAACACAACUGGGCGCAGGGUUAGGCCGCCCUGACGCGGAGCGAAUCGCUGGACUCGCUUCGCAGUAUUUGGAGCUAGCAACCGACCUUAUGGGAUUGUGCACGUUGCUCUUUGAAGCCGCUGCUAGUUACUACCUCAGCCCGGUCCUGCCGAUUGACCUCUUUCUGCUACGCCGGCUGGUUAUGGAGACGCCGGGGGGGAAAUCGGGAACAUGGAAAGGCAAACUUAGGAUGGCAAUCAAUAGUAGAUACAACUUGCAUUUUUGCAUUUUCAAGGCCAAAUGGUAAUGGAUAUGGAUAAGGAUGCCAGUUGGUGGUGGUGCGUGGAGGGCCAGCAAGCGUUUGCAUUUCGAAGCGGCGUAAUAUGAGUAUAAUGGCAAACUUCUCUUUUAUAAAUUUGAAACGUUGAGGCGAGAGCGAGUCCAAUUGGCGCAUUCUUGUUUGCUGCUUAGAUCAACACCAGAGUGAGAGCAACAAGAAGAUUAUCGGUCCUGCUCGUGUCAUUCCUUAUCCUCCGGCCGCUUCGGAAGUAGACGAGACCUACUCCUCAACUCGGCCUCGGUUGCAGCUCCCCCUGCAAAAAUGCAGAUAGUUUACGUCCUCUGGCGAUUUAUGCUUUAGCGCAGAUAAUUCGUGAUUCCAUUGUUUCGCUUUCCACUCCUAUCCACAGAAAAAGACCCAUCCCUAUCCAAGAAUUUGUCAUGCAACAAACAUGCAUUUAUUUUAUUUUUAACUUAAGUCAAGUGUGUGUAGUCAUACAGAAAACCAAAAUGGAUGGGGAUGGGUGUUUUUUCCUGGAUGACUCCCCCUGACUUACCAUACUCAUGGGACCCGCCAUUCCGAUCGUCAAAACUCUUGGUGACACUUUGAUCCGGUUUAAAGCGGGGGAGACAACUGUCCAACAAAGCAACGAAGACGCACAGGCAGCGGCCAAGAGCUUGGCGCCUGCCCUUCUAAACGGCAUGGCCCAGGUCGCUGAUGCAUACAUCGGAGUCCUUGUUCCGGCGUCGGGGGGCGAACAAGUGAGGAAGGUGGGGAGGCGGGUUAGUAAAGUUUACAGCGUGCUCAGGUGUUCUUGCAAUCUCAAGUGUUACGAACAAAUAAUAGGAUGAAAGUAAUAGUUGUCAUUCUGAUCAUUUGUCCCGACAACGUGCGUUCAAGUUCUUCAUGAUGCAGUUCUCCUGUCCUCGCACGAGUUCAGAAAUUUUUUAGAUUUCGACUUGUGAUGCUGAUGCGUAUCUGCGAUCAAUGUCGACGGGACAGGAGUUAGUCUAGUGCUUGCGUUUUCAUCCGUUGCAUUGCGUCAUCGUAUGACUAUCUGGCUGGGAUGUUGAAACAUUGGCCCUGUAACAGUUGGCGUUGUAAGUCCACCUGAGUGCGCGAUAAAGUGAUGAGCACAUUUCUUUUUGGGUCCUCCCAGCCCCAGGAACGAAAAACGGCAAGCAAGGUGGUGGCCGAGGGCGUUGGACUUUCGGUAGAUGACUACUACCCUCCAGGUUGGCGCCAAGACGAGCUGUCACUCUUAGCUUCGGACCUCUUUCACGGCGCUGUGCUUUUCAAGGCCAUGGAGGAAAGCGAACAAGACAAGCAUCAGGGACUCCUCUCACGACUGCCGAGGCUCAUCUCCUUUCGGGAGUCCCUCGCAGCGCGGCGGGGCAGAACGAGUAAGGAAAAACCAGAGCACGGUGCAAUAAGAUGGACGCACCUAAGUGCUGCAGCAUUACACGCGUGUAGCUUCUCCGCUUCUGCCUCUGGCCAAUCGAAGAGUGCGGAAUCCUAUUGAGUGAAAUGACUGAAUCAUCGCUCUAGGUUUACUACUAGGCAGCUGAGGAUGUCUUGAUGUAUCUAUGCCGAUGCGAGGAUGCCAUUAUGCAGCAAGCCACAUCGAGUGUUGUUUGCCAGCGGAAUCAACAUCAAUUCCUUUUAAUAUGUAGUUUAUCUCUUUGAUCCGCGAUAAAAAAACCAGUGAGCGAUGGUUUCGUGUUUAAAGAUGCAUAUAGUAAUCGCAAGGGGCGGCGCUGAACUGCACGAGGGAAGCUCGGUACCAAAAUAAAAUUUUCAAUUUUCGCGGAUUUGUGAUGCGAAUACAAACAACCUUGUUAAAUACAGCAAGGCUCUGUGUUGCGACUAGCUUACGGACACCAUAAAAAUAAAAUUUUUGAAUUUCGCGGGUGUGUCAUGCGCGUUCUGGACGGGGACGGGAACCAAUUUCGCUUCCACGCCACCGGGUACCCAAAUCAUACAAUCAUACUGAGUACCCGACUCCCUCUGGGUACCUAUUUCCCAGUGGGUACCUGUUUCCAAAAUGAGUACCUUUUUCAAAGUGGGUACCCAAUCCAAAGUGGGUACCCAAUCCGUGGGUACCCAAUCUACACCUUUACCUUAUUAUUAUUUUCUACUUUUUUUUCUUCCUCUUUCGUGAACGACCGCGACGUGCGUGGAGGUGUCGUCGAUAUUUUAAUACUAAUAUUCCAAACUAUUCAUCUCCAACAGGAGCGCCAGUUCUUUAUGUCUAGUAUGUAAAUGUAUGACCACUAUGCGUGAUCUCCAACCCAAUAGAACAGAAACUACUUUUAUACAAAAACAACAAAGGUAUUUAACUCUAUCGCCUGUGGCGUUUUGAGUCGGCAGCUUGUCCCGAAGACAAUAGGAACGCUAUCGCUUGCAAAUCUGUUUAGGAUUGGAAGAAAAAGAAUGCAGAUGAAUUUGCAUGCAUCCUUUGGACCAGCGCGAAGGUCUGGAAUGCACGCAGAGCGUGCUGACAAGAUUCGCGGAGGCUUUUCCGUGCCUAGCCUGCAGCUGCAUGAGAGACACCCUCUUUAUCGGGAUUCAGAGGGCGCACGCUAUUUUCUUGCAGUCCAAGACGUGUCUUUUUCUACUUCUUUAUCAGACGCAGCGGCGCAACUUGCGCUGCUGAGUGAGGAAUCUUGCAAGCAGCUCGAACUUCCUUGUUCUGCUGAAGUACUAUCGGUCUGCAAUCUAUCUUGCAACUUUUGACGAGUUGCAAGGUUCGUCCACACCCAGGCAACGUAUUUGGAAUGCAUAGGUAGAUAAGUACGAUGAAAGUGCUGAGGAAGCCCGUUUAUGGAGUGCAAGUGCGGCGCCCGCAGCGACACGAAAAACCACGCAGAGCUGCUCACUAUUUGCAUUUGUCGUUUUUUGUUGGAGUCUUGCUCUUGGCAGCAUCCGUACAACUCGGCUCUUGCGGAUGCUGAGGCGCUUUCUCUAGCUCUGCAUUUUGAUAUCGGAUGAAGAUUGAUAUGUCGUGUCCUCCUCACCGAACCUAAGAUAGUCCUUCGCAUUGCUACUUAUCGAUAUCUUCGUUCGCGGCAGCAACAUUUGUAUAUCAAGUUAUCGGUAUCCAUAAUUUACAAAUUGAGGUCGCUGGCUGAAUUAGAAGAUUUUGGAAAUUAUUGACGAGAAAUGCCACAGUACUGGAUUUUCCGCAGAGGCAGACGUGGUUGAAUACAGGACGUUUUCCGGUGCUGGUGUGGGUGCAUAUUGACUUACUGUGCAUGUUUUUCCCUUUAUCCUAUCGGCAAUGUCGCUGACUUUUUGGAAAUUAGCGACCACAGUAUCUUUUCGGCAGCGUUAAAAGAGUUUCAUCUCGCUGGGCCGACCGACGUGCGUGGGCCAGACGAAGGUACCCGCUUCAACAGUGUGGAAGGUGCGAAAGACGUGCGCUUGUGCAUUGCAAAUAUGCCUGGGUCUGGAAGAAUGCGCUGCAAACUUGUCACGAUGCAUAAUUUCCAUGCCCUACGCGGUCUGGAAUGGAGGACCUAGCAUGACAGAUUCUGCGAAGUCUCUAUCAUACAUGCCUAUGACUAUGUUGCAUCCUGCACGAGAAACUCCCUCUCAUGUUGGUCAAAAGUGGGCAUCUUUUGGUGAAGAUCUCACAAGACGAAAACAGAUUUUUGUGUGAUCCACAGGACGCGUCACAACUUGCAACCUUGUUCCAGACCCAGACAUAUUUGCAUUUGAUAGCGUUUUUUACUCGACCUGGAUUGGAUCAGCAACGACGUCGACGAGCAGAGGGCCGGAUCCCAGAAAAAACCAGGAGCCACGGUGGACUUUGACGAAAUGGCGCUCGGACUUCUCUCUGCACCGGAUUGCAAGCGUGCUGUAGCGCAUCUCAUUUUUUUGAUGGGUGUUAAAACCACCAUGGAGAACCUCAAAAAAUUCCACCUCGCACCGUAUCAAAUGUGCUUCUUUUUCGCGCAUUUGCACACUAUUACCCUCAUCAAGGCCAAAGCCGGCGCUACAGUAGUUGUAGGUUGUACUUUAGUUUGUAUCGGGCCUGCAGCGGGUGAACAGCUGUAGAAAAGAAAAAGAUCACGAGGGUAGUUGCUGGGGUCGUUCGCGGCCAUGCAUGAUUAAGCAUCACAAGUGACCACGCCAGACAGAUUAUCUUUUUUGAAAAGGAUUUUGAUUUAGGCUCCUCCUAAAGAGGGUUUAGAAAUCGUCGGGAGGCGCCAGGCAGCGCAGAAGGUGCACUAGGGUGAUCAGCAGAAAAAUUGCGUAGCCCUAUACGCAUCCGAUUCGGGGACGAAAGAGAAAAUAUAUCGGCCGCCAUGCCCUCGGGGGAAGCUUUUUCUGGUUCGUCCGUCAAAAACUGCCAAGUUUGUUUUCUGCAGGCCUCCCGCUGGUCGCCAUUGUCGGCGCGCGGCGCGACGUUUCGCGCGAGAGCGAGAGCACGGCGACCCGAAAAAAAAACCACGCGCAACUCAAAAGCAGCGCCUGCGCCAAUUUCUGGACCAUCUGAAUGUGUUGCGCGGCCUCUUCCUGGUUGUGUUAGUUUCUUUUUGGAUCAGUGGCGAGGCAGCCAAGUUAAUUCAUUAUUGAAACUGGAAAUUUUUGCUUGGUGGUCGGGCCGUGUGCCGCUCGUCGGCCCAGGACUGACAAGAAAACACAGGCGCCCUCGGUAUCUAUGCCCGGGCGGGGGCGAUAUUUGGCAUCUUUUAUUUCGUCCGGUCGCGGCGCCCGUCCCCUCUCUAGCGCGAGGGCCAAGUCGAGGUCUACGCCGCCGAAUUUCCUCUACUCCUGGAGCGUUCCUGGUGCCCAGCUUCUGCAGUUUCGCACGCUCAAAACGUGAAAAACACCGCUCAAAUUGAGCGCCUCCAAAUAAGGCCCAGUAGUUUUCUUGUUGUUGUUUUUGAAACAUUGCGUGGUGCUGCAGCUUCUUGGUCGUGAUGAUUCGUAGUGGGAACAAGUGGUGCGACGUGGCGAAGAUUUCCUUGCAUAUAGCGCGCCCCCACAUGGUAGCCGCCAACGUUUCAUCCGGAACCAAGAAGAGACUGGGGGAGAUCACCGCGACGAUUGUGCAGCUGGAUGCAGUGAAGAAAAACCGAAAAGCCGCGGCCGCAAAAGCUAAAGCAAAAGCGUCAGCAUCUGGUGCACAACCCUCGGCACCGGGGGGCGUGACAAAGAAUGUCAAGAAACGCGCCAUGAGAGCUGCAGCAUUUCUGGUCCGCAAGUUGGUCUUCACCUCGGGCGACGCGGCGGAGGAACAGCAGCAACUGCCCGAACUGCCUCUAGAAACAGACGAAGGGGUAGGGAACGGGCCAGGGCGAUUCCUCCAGUCGUUGCUGGAUGGCCUGGGGGAACAGAUCACCCAGAUGAGCCAGAAGAUCCAGAAAGACGGGGCGCAGGGGGGUCCGCAGGCGCAGGGCGAGGUGAGUGGGGCAGCAGCAACAUCUGCCGUGGUGACUCAAGCCACGAACGACGGCCUCUUCGAGGUUUAUCAAAUAGAAGAAAGAACAAGCAGCUCCUCUAGUGAUAGCAGUACAACAGGCGCGGCGAGGCGAUCUACUGAUGGCACCCAAAGUACCCCUCCCCCCCGGAACGGGAAUGUGGUUGUGGACGUCUCCAGCGAGGACAUAUUGAAAAACUAUAAGGCGUUUCUUUUAUGAGAGUCGUGCUGCUCAGCUACUCGCCCCUUUCUCCCACAUUGACAUUAUUGCAUUUGAAGCAUUAAUACUUUUGUUUUUCAUGCACAGUAGAUUUUCCUUUUCUUGUACCUACUCUUUGCAUGACGUUGAUGACACGCAUUCAUUGUCACAUUAGCACGACGACGUCGAAGGAGCAAUACUAAUACAAUCUUCACCUGCGGAUUUGAUGAAAAUUUUUUUUGUCAAAGUCAAUGACAGAAAAAAUAAAAUGACUCAUGUGCCGGACGUAACAUGAUUUGUGGCAUUGCUUAUUUCGCGAUCACUGCUAAUGAGUGGGACGAGGGGGAGCAGUUGAUGCGCUUGCGCUCCUUAAUAUCUCGGAGACUGGGGGGUGUGAGAGCAGAGCUGUGCCGGAACAAGUUGAAGUUGUAAAAAAUAGUGAAGGAUGAAACCUGGAGCCCGAGCCGAAGCGGCGUUACAAAAUCAAAACGCGUCAUUCGUGAAAGGAAAAGUUGUCUUGCACACGAAGAACUACACUGACGAUCCACGACCGAAUGUGAAGGAUGCGAGUACUUAUGUCGUACUUAGAAGCAAGGAGCAGAAGACAGAUGACUGACGAUGAUCUAUCGCUAUCGACUCUCCUUUUCUUUGCCGCUCACGAUAGUAUCCGGCGCCGCCCAAAGUAAGAGGCGUGCGUCAACGGCGGGUGGACAAAUCAUCGCUAUCGAAGAGGUUGAAGUUGAAGUUCAAGUUCUGGUAUAAGUAUCACGCCAGAGGACGCAGUAUACCACAAAGUAGAGCUAUUUCUAAUCAACAGCAGAUGAAAUUAUAGAAAAUAGUAGAAGUACAACUACAACGAGAACGAGAACACAUUUUUUUACAAUUACAACUAGUUGGAGCUUCAACGUCUAGUCGGAGAUCAUGCUACUGGCAGGAAGCUCCGAGUCUUCAACUUCAUCGUUCUCGUGCUACUUCUUGCGCAGUUGUGACGGCCCAGACGAUGAAAUUUUAACUGUGGUGUGAAAGGUGGAGUUCUUCGCUCGGGUUCUCGUUGGCAGCACAUCGCUAGGAGGGACGAACGAGAUCUCUGAUUCCAUCUGGUUCGCGUCAGAUGACUUCGUGCAGCAUGCAAGCUCCGUUGUAAAAAGACCCGUGCAAGAUCCGAUCACGG